AAAGGUUCGUGGGCUCUGGGAAUGAGAUUGAAGUUGCCGCCAUUUUGUUUUUUUGGGUGUGUGUAGAUUUUGAGAUUUUUUCUCACAUACACUUCACGGUAUUUUGGCAGCAGGGCUAUAAUAUAGCCACUUCAACGCACAGAUGCCCACUUGAGACAUAGAUAGCCGCUGGAUGCUCUAUGAUGUCCAGCUCUACUGCGGGUUCUAAUCCACCUCAGAAGUCGUUCGGUGUAACUUCGGCAAUCAGUCAUGCUGGGCCGAAACCUAGAGACUUGGAGCUUACUAAACGACUGGAAGAAGCCUUGAUUCCUUAUGGUGUAUUCGAAAGCGAGGAUGAACGUCAGCAACGGAUGAUUGUUCUUGCUAAGCUGAAUGAGUUGGUAAAGGAAUGGAUUGUAGAAGUGAGCAUAAAAAAAAAAAUGCCAGAAAAUGUGGCCAAAACAGUGGGUGGAAAGAUCUUCACAUUUGGAUCCACAUUGGGAGUGCAUACCAAAGGUGCUUACAUUGAUACUCUUCUUGUGGCCCCUCUGCACAUUGACCGUGCUGACUUCUUUUCAUCAUUUUAUGAUCUUCUCAAGAAUCAUCCUGAUGUCAGAGAGCUAAGGGCCGUUGAGAAUGCUUUUGUCCCUGUGAUAAAGCUGAUAUUUUGUGACAUUGAGGUUAAACUGUUGUUUGCUCGGCUGGCUUUACCAGAGAUACCAGAUAACCUGGAUCUGCUGGAUGAAAACCUUCUAAAAAAUCUUGACCCCAAAUGUGUCAGGAGCUUAAAUGGUUGUAGGGUAACAGAUGAAAUCCUCCGACAAGUUCCUAACAUUGAGAGCUUCAGACUUACCUUGAGAGCUGUUAAAUUAUGGGCUGAAAAACAUGGAGUGUACUCAAAUGUGCUUGGAUUUCUGGGUGGAGUUUCCUGGGCAAUUCUGGUCGCAAGGACCUGUCAGUUAUACCCAAAUGCAGCGGCAUCCACACUUUUACAGAAGUUUUUCCUGGUAUUUUCUAGAUGGGAGUGGCCAAACCCCGUGUUAUUGAAAAAUAUUCCUACACCAAGUGAAAACAAACUUGGAUUUCAGAUCUGGGACCCAAGGACCAAUCCUGGAGAUCGUUAUCAUCUAAUGCCUAUCAUCACACCAGCAUAUCCACAACAAAACUUUUCAUUCAGCGUCUCCAUGUCUACCCGCAAGAUUAUGUGUGAUGAAUUCUUCAUCGGUUUGAAGAAUACUGAAGAUGUGAUUAGUGGAAAGGCUAACUGGGACAUUCUUUUUACUCCUCCUAAUUUCUUUCAUAAGUACAAACAUUAUAUAGUUCUCAGUGCUUCUUCCAAUACAGAAGAAGAACAUUUAGAAUGGAUCGGUUUAGUGGAAUCCAAGGUGCGUCUUCUGAUUUCAUACUUGGAGAACAAUGAAUACAUCAAACUGGCACAUGUCAAUCCCAAGUCAUAUGGCCCACUGGAUUCAGAAGGGGAAAAGCAUGUAACAAGAUGGUUCAUUGGUCUCAUGUGUGAAAAGCUAGAAAAUGUAAAUAUCAAUUUGACGUAUGAGAUUCAGAUGUUUGAAAACAAGGUUCAUGCAAAGGCUGUGAAAAGUAUGAUGUUUAAAGAAGGAAUGGUCACAGAGGCUAAGCAUGUUAGAAGAAAACAGUUGAACCAGUUUCUCCCACCUGAAGUUUUCAGGUUAAAGAAGAAAAGUUUGCAACAGCCAGAAGACAAAGCAAACACAUCCAAGAUAGAUCUGAGUUUGGAUGACAGCUCCAAUCUUGAGAUCUGCACAGAUAGUAUUCCUGACAGCAAGCAAGAUACUGAAAAGCCUACUACUGCUGAGUCCGGAGUCAAUGGAAAUAAGACAACAACCCAAACUGACGGUACCACACCCAACCCAGUCGCCACACAGGGCGAGGUAACGUCCUCUACCCCCACUGAUUGUACCGUGCCCGCUGACAUCUCUUUUGAGAAAAUAUCAGAGAACAGUGAUGAGGGCAAAGAAAGUAAAAGACUGCUAUCUCCAAACUCUGCACAACCAGCUUCUAAACGACUCAAGGACGACAGCCCUGAGAAACCACCUACAGAACCAGACGAGAAAGUGGCCGAACAGAAGAUUCCAGAGCCAGAUAACCCAACCCGAGGGGUCAAAAGACCAUGCAACCCUAUAGACGAGGAGAGUAGCGGCAUCAAGCAAUUUAGAGACGAGCUGGCUAAAGAGGAAGACGAGAAGUAACUGCUUGAAGCACCCGGGGACCGCCCUCACCAAUUCCAGCUCCCAAUUACGAAGAACGCCAUCAAGUUAAAGCUGAAAUGAGAAUAUAAUUAAGCCAAGCGGAUUUCUAAAGAGAAAAACAACUACCCUGCUUACAUCUGCAAAAUGUUUAACGCAGGGGCAUGCCAAAAUGUUCAACGCUUUCACUAACCAGAGAGUCUCACAGACUGUUUUGACAUAUUGUGUAGGCUGACUUGCCAUGUGACAAAGUGUGGUUCGGGUGGGAUUUGGAGGGUGACAUUAUACUGUUUUAUAUAUAAAAAAGUGUAAAAUAAAAGUCAUGAUUUUGUUCCUGUUAUAUGUACUCUUUGCAAAGCCAUGGAUAUUGUGGUCGCUGAUAAAACCAUCGUCUCGGUUAAUGAUAAAAUUGUUAUCCUCCAUGAUGUAGGGUGUCAAUGUCCAGAAUUAUUGCUUUCCUCCAAAGGAUUUCUUGGCCUGUUUUAUUUGGUGGUUCUAACUGCUAUAUAAAAAAUAGCAAUCAAAAUCAUCAGCAAUAUUUCUGUGUAGCUGCGAUUCUGAACGGCAUUUUGGUGGCCGGUUGCUUUCCAUACAGUAGCUCCCAUCGAAGUUAAAGUAGAAUAUUCAGUAGUUUUAUGUAGUUUAGACUAAUUUUAGUGGUAGACUACGCAAACUAUAUCCAACAUAACUUGGUGGAUAAUUUUGUAAGUCUGCUGCUUGGGCGAUGGCUAAGAUUGGCUAUGGGUGAUGUGCAAAAAGACUCGAGUUAAUGGUAUGAGUUAGCUGGAGCUGCUGUGUAAAUAACAUAUCAAUACAUUUACAGAUUUGGUCUUUGCUAGUAAUUUACUUUGUAAAGUAAUUUACUUUGUAAAUUACUAGGUCUACCAGGAUUUUCAUGUACCAUGUCAUCAAAUUUAGGGGAAUUGUUUUAUGGAAAUAAAGUUUUUAGAACCCUUA